UUCCAGUCAUUCCUUGUCAGGUCGUCUGCUAGUCCAUGUCGUGUCUCCAGGUAUCCAUGCAAGGUCUCCAUGUUCAAGAAUCCAGAGUGUGUUUUCUGAAGAAUGAAUUCUGCUUUAAACGCCCAUUUAGUGUUGUCAUUGAUGGUCUUUGCCCAACUACCUUCUUCCUUUACUAAAGGUACCAUUCAGGUAAUUGGUUCAUCUCACCCAAUAGUAGCUUUAGUGGGUGAUGAUGUCAUAUUGCCAUGCUAUUUGAACUCCUCCAUAAGCGCCUCAGAUGAGACGGUGGAGUGGACAAAAUAUAAGCUGGAUCCCAGAUUUGUUUAUGUGUGGCGUGAUGGUGGUGAACUGGAAAGUAAAAAGAAUCCAUCCUACAAAGGAAGAACAACGGUAUCCAUCUCCAAACUGAAGCAUGGAGACAUUUCACUGAAUCUGUCUAAAGUGAAACUUUCUGAUAAGGGAAAAUAUAGAUGCUUACUUCCAGAUAUGGGGGAAACUUCAGUGGAGCUCAUUGUUGGGGCUGUAUCCCUACCCGGAAUAGUGAGUGUUCAAAAAGCCAAGACUGGAGUUGCAUUACAAUGUGAGUCUGCAGGCUGGUAUCCAGAGCCUGAGCUGCUGUGGUUGGAUGGUGAGGGAAAGCUCCUCUCUGCUGGACCUACAGAGACCCUCAGAGGUCCUGAUGACCUCUAUACUGUCAGCAGCAGAGUGACUGUGGAGAAGAGACACAGCAACAACAUCACCUGCAGAGUCCAACAGAGGAACACCAACCAGAGCAGAGAGACUCACGUCUACAUUUCUGAUUAUUUUUUCACAGCCCCACCAAAUCCUGCAGUUUGUGUCAGUCUGCUCACUCUCUUUGUUAUUUCCCUUAUCUGCGUUCUUCUGGUGAUCCUUGUUUGCUGGAUACAGAGAAGGGAAAAGCUCAGGAUUCAGACAAACCACGCUGUAGCUCAGAUGGAACAAGACUGAGACGAGCAGAGCCAAAAGAAGAAAUGGAGACUCAUAAGAUGUUGGAAAAGAGAAGACAAGAGAAUUAAUCAGUGACAGUAUGCUUCCAUAUAGUGUGUUUAUUUCAGACCCUUUCGUCUUUCAGCUGCGCCAUUUAGGGUUGACAGAGUGGAUCAUCUGUGUCCAUCUAUUUAUCUCUAUCCUCCUGUCACACCAACCACAUCCUCCUUCACUACAUUCAUAAAUCUUCUGUCUAAUUCACUGAGCUGUUUCGUCCGACCCAUUACUCGACAUACUUCUUGAGGCAAACACAUCUGUGGCAAUGGGAUUGAAAACAUACGAAUUCAAAAAGUAAGAGGUGUGGCUCAAUACUUUUUUUUUUUUUUUUCCCCAUAUAAAUUUACUAUGAAAGUAAAAACCACCGCUCAGUAGACUGCAUGCUUAAACAGCAGUUUAAAUUUUGAUUUAUUUUCUUGCUAAUACAUAUACAAAAAAUAUUUAAGCAGUUAAAUGUGCUUUGGUAUUUGCUAUACAUAAGGACGAAAAGGCAGUACAUCCAGUAAGAUACAGACCAUAUCAUAAACAUUAAGUGGUAACCAUGAAGACAUUUUUAAUUUAGUUUGUCUUAAGAUUUUACUUUUAAAAACAAAAAAAA